AACCAGAUCGCUGGAAUGGUGAGGCCUCGCAAAGAAGUUUUAUAACAAGUGAAAUUCUUCUCGCUUCAUAUUCACUAUGUCAAGAUCAUUCAUUCUCCACUGAUGUCGUACAACGACGUGCUGUGUGCGAACAGUCAGCAGUGGGUCGUCCCCCCGCCAGCGCAGUUCAACACAGGACAUGAUUGUACCUUGUUCGCCCGUUAUCUAUCCUUGAUGCUUCGUUACGACGUUCAGUUCAACUCGAUUGAGAGACUAGACCACUUUGACCGACUUGCGCAUCAGGAACACAAGCUGUGUCGGGUUCCUAUCAUUGCUACGGAAAACUAUAUCGCGGAUUCAUUGCCUCCAAGUCUCCAACCAUCCAGCUGCGAGCUGAUCGCUUGGUAUUAUGGAAACGGAUCUUUCUGCAGCGAGGCCUCCUAUGAACUGAGUCCAGAUAGCGCCAAUGUCUGGAAUCCAUAUGUGGAAAAGUUCAUCUACGAGCCACGGCGAGUCUGCAAUAAAGAACUUCGAUCUGCUCUAGGCCUGGCCGGUGAGCCUGAUAUCGCUGGAAUAGGCGUCAUGAUAUCAUACUGCAUCGAGGUACUGCUGGUAACAAUGUGUUUGGCGUUGAUCGUUACCGAGAAGCUGAUGCAGAAUCGCCCCAACGGCAAACUCAAGUCACUUUUUUCGGCACCUAUCACCGUACGGCUUUUGAAUGCCUUCAGGGGAUCCAUACAGGCAUUGUUCUCAAGCGCAAUGAUCUUCAGCUUCGCUAUGGUCCUCGCGACCUUGACAACAUUUAUGUACCGACUUGACCGCAUCGAGGUCGAGAAUCGCUGGAUGAACGGUGAAGACGUGAGCUUGUAUGAGCCUCAGCUCCUAGUGACCGCUUCGACAUUUUCCAUGUUCCCGGUCGUUGUCCUACAAUUUACCAUGCAGUCGCAGCUAUCUGGGAUGAGGCGUCGCGCCAGAGCGGCUCUCUUGGUCGUAUUGUACGUUCUAUGCUCGGCGUCCAUUGUAUGGAUCUGCAUUUCAUACCUUCAACCUGAUUGGAAAACCCCCUUCUGGUUUGAGACAGAGCCUAAUACCCAGUUGAGCGACUUUGUCUAUAAUCGCUACAGCGUCUAUAUGGGCGCACUGUUUGUACUUGUAGUCGCAAUCCCCGCUUCGGGUGGUAUCGUCGCGCUGCUGCUUAUGCUGUGGCAUCGUCAGGCCAGUUGGCCUCGGGAGCAAUACUGGUGGAAGAUUCCGCCCCGCUACAUGGCCCUCUGGCAGUUUUUGACGCCUAUGUGCUGCUUCCUUAUGAUGUGGGUCUCAACAAUUUUGCUAUUCUUUCUGCGCGACGGAGCAAUCAAGGAUUCAGGCACGGAUUCAACAUCAGAGUGGACUGUCGGGCAAAUUCUAGCAUUAGCCAAUUGGGGACCGGUGAUGGUGGAAUUUAUAUUCUUAUUUUGCUUUGCACCUGUAUCAGGAAAGGAGGAGAACGAUGAUGGAGAUUCUUGUCUAACGUGCAAUAAUUCCAGCGGUCCGAGUCCAGCCGCAACUUUCAAACCUUCCGGGAGAGAUACAGAGAGCAGUUUCAUAUCCACUCGUUCCGAGGAAACUCUGGGUUUCGAUCAGCCAGAUGUGUUUACUUCGCCAAUCUGGCAGUGGCGUUAUACUUUAUGCACUCUCUAGAGUUCUUGUAAGCCAAGAUCAACUUCAACGACAAGCAUCGACGUCGACUUAGCUAGCUGGCACUAUUGCUGUGUUGUUCAUAUUUCUUCUGUGGUUGCGAUCGCUUUUUAGGA